UUGCGCUGUCCGUGGUCCUGAAACUGCUUGAGCGCGUCGUCCUGUUGUAAAUUCACAGUUUUACAGAAAUAGCUCCUUUGUUGUCCACGUAAUCCUGAAUAAUUUAUUUCGACGCCUCGUUCCUUUAUGACAUUUACUCACAUCGUCCCCGGGUAAGCGUGGCCGGGCGCAUGAAUCCCUCAUCAGCGCUCGGAAAGGUCAAGAGACAUUGAUCUCGCUUUGCAAACACGCUCUAUAUUGUCAGAAUCAAACCGCCUCAGAUCGAACAUCUUCAGGCCAUUUAGAGGCUCGUUAUCAGAUUCAAUUCCUCUGUGCAUCUAAGAGUUGAAUUUUUACUAUUACAUCUACACCUAGAAGACUUUUCGCAACUUUAUCAUGCGGCGAUGAAGUGAAGGAGCUGGGAGUGAACCCGCACGUCGGUGAGCCAACCGCGGCGCGUGAAGCGCGCGCUCCGGGGUGGAGACUCGUGUUUGAGGGGAAGGACUAGAGGCACCGCACGACACCGCAUCCACAGGUUGCCGCGCGCAGCUCUCCGCCUCGUCUUAGCACCGAAAAGUAGUGUCGGUGGAGGCGCAUUUGGGUCCGCGCUUUGUUUCGGACUUUGUUUGCAAAACGCUCGUGGGGCAAGACAGACUCGUGAGACUAAAUCGCCACUUCUUCACAUUACGCGGGACUUUUGCGUGAAUCACACGCAUCUAGCGUUUCUUCUAAAGACUGUGCGUUUAAUUGGAGACCACCAUGCCACAGGAGCCCCGCCGCGGCCGCACCACGGUGACAACAGCCAAAUAAUGGCAUGCAGGAGCGGCUGCUGCUGCGGCUCCGGACCAAUAAACGAGGAUAACGCGAGGUUUCUGCUCCUGGCCUUGUUCAUCAUCAUCUACCUCCUGUGUGGAGCCGCCGUCUUCUCCGCGCUGGAGCAGCCGAAAGAGCGAGAGGCGAAGGAGCGCUGGGCGCAGAGGUUCGAGCAAUUCAGCCAGAAGUAUAACCUCAGUAGGAGAGACCUCAACAACUUCCUCAGGCAUUACGAGGAGGCGAACGUGGCGGGGAUCCGCGUGGACGCCAUCAGACCUCGAUGGGACUUCACCGGGGCUUUUUACUUCGUGGGAACUGUUGUAUCGACCAUUGGCUUUGGGAUGACCACCCCUGCCACUAUUGGAGGAAAAGUCUUCCUGAUGUUCUACGGCCUCCUCGGCUGUGCAGCCACCAUUCUCUUCUUCAACCUCUUCCUGGAGCGCGUCAUCACCAUCAUCGCCGUCGUCCUCAAGUCUUGCCACGAGCGUCGCCACAGCAAAAUCGAGCUGCCGCAAAAUGGCCGCGGGGCCUCCGAGGGGACCCGAGCAGGCGGCGGAGGCAGAGGCGAGGACCUCGCCGGCUGGAAACCUUCGGUCUACUGCGUGAUGCUUAUUCUCGGAGCCGCCGCCAUCUUGGUGUCCUGCUGCGCCUCGCUUAUGUACUCCGCAGCCGAGGGCUGGGGCUACUUGGACUCGCUCUACUUCUGCUUUGUGGCGUUCAGCACCAUCGGAUUCGGGGACAUGGUGAGCAGCCAAAGGGCCGUCUACGAGGGCCACGCCACCGUCGCCUACCGGCUGGGCAACUUCUUCUUCAUCCUCACUGGCGUCUGCUGCAUCUACUCCCUCUUCAAUGUCAUCUCCAUCGUCAUCAAACAAGUCCUCAACUGGCUGCUGAGGCGCUUGGAGGCCCCGUGUCGCUGCUGCUUCCCCAGGAGAGGCCACCAUCCACACAGACACCCACGGCGGAACGUGGUGGCCCCCGGACACCUACGAGCCCGCAGAGACCCCUCAAUUGAGACGGACGCUAUUAAUGAGAGCGAGACGGACACAGGGCGCAGGAUGUCUGGGGAGAUGAUCUCCAUGAGGGAUUUCUUGGCGGCCAACAAGGUGAAUCUGGCCAUUAUGCAGAAGCAGCUAUCGGAGAUGGCCAUCGGGCACCCGCGGCAGCCCAGCUCCAGUUCACAUCAGAACGGAUUCUCGGGAGGCGUGGGCGCCCUUGGCAUCAUGAAUAACCGGCUGGCAGAGACUAGCGUAGACAGAUAGGGGAAAUCGGGGAAAGCACAAAAAACACUCGGUGGAUGUAGCACUGAGGACCAACUGACAGUAAGAAACAAAGACCUGGGUGGUGUAUGAGACUGAGUUUAUGACAUCCAAUAUAUCCUCUCUGUCAACAACCUAGAAUCAAACCAUCUCGGAACACUUUCUUGACAAGAACAUGACAUGACACGCUACAUGAACGAUGCACGAUAGUUCACGGAGUCUCGCAUCUGGACCAGGCUCAGAGUGCUGGAAUGCCCAUACCCCCCAACCUCUUCGCUGAUAAGGAAUUCAGUUUCCAUGGUGAUAAAAAUAAAGCCUGCCUGGAGCCCUUGUGUCUAUGCUCUAAAGACCUAAUGCACUAAAUCGCUACUUUACACCUAACCACAACUCGUGUGCAGCACUUGAUAGUUACUUCUCUAAACGCAUCAUACUACUGUAUAUCUGUACAUAAUCAACAGCAUUAAUGAGACAAAUACUGGGUUUGUCUCGAACACUGGUUAUUACAUAAAAUCCAGUGUCAAAAACAAGCCCAGCUUGUGGGUAAUGUUUUUCUUUGAUGCACAUAAUUUCACUAUUAGACGAUCAAUAACACUCCUAUUCAUAUUAUCCGUGACUCAGACAAAUGUUUCCCUGCCGUAUUAUAUCCAACUGAAUGGCCUCUAGCUUUAGCUCUGCUUUCAUUCACCAUCAGAACAAACAGAAGACAAAACCCCCAACAGAACCUUAUUACAAACUGAGUAGACCUAUGCUGAAUUGAAUGGAUAGUAUGAGAGUGAGAUGAAACCUAUUUAUUUGAGACUGCUGUUUACUUUGGAGUUUGCACAUGACCUGAUUCAAGAUAUUUUUACACCCUAAUGUUGUUGGCCUGUAGGUGGUGGGUAUUGAUAUGAAUGAAGUAAAGCAUCCCCAAGGCUCAUUAUUGAGUUGCAGUGAAUUAAUGUUUAGCUGUAUUCUGACUGUGUGAUUGCUAAUAACAGGUCUGUGGAGUGAGACCCAUGUGAAAGUGAGAACAGCUCAUGGACACUGUAUUAAUAUGCCUAACGUAGGAAGAUUUAAAAGGAAUCAUGAAUUGCUUCAAAGUAUUUAAGAUGAGUCUGAAAUUCUAUUAUGAGAAUCCUCCAGGUGCACCUUAGGCUUUAGUGUUUUACUGAUUAAAAACUACACUUAGACAACUGCAAAAAAACAUGCUAUGAUAUUUUUCUACGAGGUCACUGUGGCAUUUUAGGCAGUUUUCCAAUGGUUUUAUGAAUACUAUAUCCGAGAGGCAUCUGCUGCAAAAUAUUUUUCAAAUAACAGCAUAAACUGAGAAGUAGGAGGUGUGAUCCAGAUGGCAUGUGGAAUCAAAGAAAUACUCUAUAUGCAAAGUAAAAAAUACAUUUGUAUGAAAAGGAAGAUGGUUCACCCUUCUGUAACUCAUUCCCAGAAUUAGUGAUUCUCCAGCCAUAGCCUAGCAACAGCUACUAGGCACAACAGACCAACUCAGCCUUGGAUAUUUUAACAUGAAGCAAUGUGCACAUGAUAUAAUUACAGCAAAACUUUCCACGGUUUUUGGAGAUUUUGACUUCGUGUAGCCUUUCCAAAACAAACAAACAAAACACACAAAGACACACACACACACACACACACACACACACACACACACACACACACACACACACACACACACACACACGUCUUAUUUAACUGUCUUCUAAAGAAAUAGACAAUCACAAUUCAUUAUGUCAAUCACAAACAAUUAAGGGCAAAUAAUGACUUGGGACUGUUAAAUCCACCAUUAUAGUUUUAAACUGCAAAUGUCAGGUGCAAGAGGAGAAUGUCAACAAUAACAGAAAAAGGGUCAGCACAUGGAACAGUCAGUUAAGUCAGGUUUCAUUUAUCAGUUUUAAACUAAAUGUUGUAUUUAUUGUUACACUCUUCCAAGUUUAAGACAUGUAAGGUCCUGAGACAAUUUAAGUUCCAUUUCCAAUUUACUGAUAAUAAAAAUGAGAAUAACAGCUGGAAUUGAAUCAAUAUCAGUAGAUAUUCAGAGAAGGAAAAACACUACACACAGAACCCAAAAGCAGGUUCUAUUUACUAUGGAGACAUUUCACUCCCUUAGAAACAAUAACGUGACACACUAUUCUGAAAGAUGUUGCUCAUAGAUUGCAUAUAUUCAUGAACAUGCAUGCUGCACACAAAUACUGAAGCACGUCAACAAAAUUGGCUAGUGGUGAAUCAAAAAAUAUCUCAUAGAAACUGUGCCUACACAGAUAAAAAUAAUAACUUGGAACAAAUGCCUGUGUGUUUCUGAGGGGUGCUUGUAUGGCUUUAUAACGAGUGUGUGUGCUGCUUACCUGACUUGGACAGACACAGACAAAGGCCUUUUGUUGAAGGGCUUUUUUUCAAGGCGUGGCAACACUCUGAGUUCCUGACCUGACAGUUACAUCCUGUGUUGGAGAGUAUUUGAAACACACAGUGAUGUCAUUGAGAAUUUCUUUGCGUGAUUGAUUCUAUUAUACUACAUAGGUGACUAUCGAUACUCCAUCAUUUGCGUUUCAGCUGGACUUAUUAUUUUGCUGGGGGAAGAAGAGAUGAUGUUUAUGCAACCUUUUGAGAGAGUGAGACUAAGUUGUGUACAUACUUUGGACAUAUACUGACAUCUUCCAUCAAAGAGAUAAGCUGUGGCAGACUUGCACAAACAGCUAUAAUGCCUUAAUAAAGCUGUUAGAAUAGAAGUAAUGCAGUGACAUUGUCGUGUCCAUAAUUAUUGAUUUAUUGUUAAUAUAAAAAUAAAGAGUAAAUGUCAACCAUGCCAAUUAAAUAAUCUCUGUGAAAACAAUUACUGUGAGAAACUGGGCAAGUCGUGCUAUAAUUUCUUUUCUCUGAUGUGUUUUGUUAAAGUUAACCUUUUCUGGUUGCCGUUAAUCACAAUUCUUAUUGUUUGUGACGCACAAUAAAGUCACUUUUUGUGUUGUUUAAGUGUGAAUGACACUACGAUGUGCAAUAAUGUGCAAAGAACAAUAACAAUGGCAUUGCAUGCAAUGUUCAUUCAGUGUUUAAUAGUUCAACAGAAAGUUGGCACCACAUGCAAGGUGAAUAAAUAAAGUUGUUCUUACUCUACUGCA